CAUUAGAAAAUGGCGGAAGAGAAAAGGAGCGAUAGUUCAGCGGAGAAACAUCUUGAAGUUAAUGCUUCAAUGGAGAAAAGUGUACGACCUAAGUCGUCAAAAGUGUGGGAACACUUCACUUUAAAGACUUCAAAGAAGACAGUUUCUUGCAAAAUGUGCAGCAUGGACCUCGCAUGGCACGGAAGGACAACAUUGCUUCGGGAGCACCUGCAGCGGAGACAUGUUGGAGCCGUGGAUGAUGGGAAGAACUCACGAAAGAAACAAGGCAGCAUUAGAGACUUGGUACAAAGGAAGGUGUGCACACCACAGCAAGCGGCUGCAUUGACUGAUGCUACCCUGAAUAUGUUGGCAACUGACAUGAGGCCACUAUCAAUGGUGAAGGAUGAAAGUUUUAGACAAAUGAUUCACAUCCUCAACCCUGGUUACACUCUUCCCUCGAGGACCCAUUUUACCAAACUGAUGGAGAGGAAGUACGAGCAGACAUUCCAUGUAGUGUAGACUGACAUAAAAGCCACCCAGAGCAAAAUUGCUCUCACUACUAAUGUGUGGACAAGUGUAGCCACGGAAGCCUACCUCGGCAAUACAUGCCAUUACAUUGGAGACAAAUGGAACAUGAAGUCAAUCUGCCUUACGACCAUGCCACUAGAGGAAAGACAUUCAGCAUCCAACAUUGCAGAAUGGUUGGAAUAGGUAGUAGCCAGGUUUGAAAUUCCCCCAAGCAAAAUUAUUGCCAUUGUGCAUGACAACGGUGCACUUUACAAAAAAAAUAUAUUUUUGUAACACUUGCCUUGUUUCAUUUGGCAAGUCAAAAGGACAUGGUGCCAG